GCAAAACUUGUUGCUGUUUCUCCAGCUCUGGGUGAGAGAGGGAGCGGAAAGCGGAGACCCUGCAGCGCCCCAAGCCGGGCACCCUGCACCGCCUGCGGCCGCCGGGACCCGCCAGCAGAGGGGAGCGGGGACCCUGCAGCGCCCGAGCCCGGGCCGCCGGGACCCCCAGAGACAGCGUCAGGAGAGCCUCGGUCCGGCCGCCGGGCGGGGAGACCCUCGGAGCGCCCAGCCCCGAGCGCAGCAAGGCGCGGAGAGCGGAGCCCGCCGGGACCCCGCGCUGGGCUGGCCGGUUUCCGAGGCGAGCGGAGAAGCAGAGGCUGUGCCGCGCUCCCAGCGCCUCUGCAGCCCGGCGAUGCGGAGCGGAGCUCCCGGGGACUGGAGCCGAUGAGCUGCGGAGCCGAGCCCCGCCGGAUGUCGGGGAGAGCCGGCCGCCGCACGAGGUGUGAGGGAGCGGGGCGCUCCCAGGCGUAAGUGCUGCGGCCCUCGGAGAGCCCCGGGCUGCGUGGGGCGGAGGCCCGGACCCAGGCGGGUAGAUUUCGUUUCCUUGAACUUUGUUUGGAAGCCGGGGCUGACGCUGCCUGCUCCUCCGUGCCCGCCCCGCCCGAGCGCAUCCCCGCUACGCGCCCCCACGUCCUGGCCACCUGCCCCGCAAGAUGUGAGCGCGGGGACAGCUCCCUGGGGACCCCGGCUCGCCCGCCGCUGCCUGCUGCAGGGACACUGUAAGUUGGCUUUGACUUGGGUGCCAUCGCUCGCCGCGGUUCCGAGCGCGCUCCUGGGGGAGCCGGCCCGAGUCGCGCACCGGGGCACGCGGGGUGCCAUGCCCUACUGAUCCCCAGAAGUAUGUUUGGGCUGGAGCAGUUUGAGCCCCAGAUCAGCAGCAGAAACGCCGGCCAAGGAGAGAGAAACUUUAGCCAGGCCGGCCUGACCAUGGGCUCCCACUUCAAAUCGCCAGCUUUCCACUCCGGGGGCCCCGCGGAUCCGGCCAUCAGCGCCUUGGGCGAGCCUCCCAUCCUGGGCAUGAACAUGAACAUGGCCGGGGAAGCGUACGGCUUCCACGCUCGGGGACACUCCGAGCUGCAUGCAGGGGGGAUGCAGGCUCAGCCGGUUCACGGCUUUUUCGGCAACCAGCAGCCUCACCACGGUCAUCCCAACACCCACCACCCGCACCAGCAUCACCCGCACUUCAGCGGCAACUUUGGGUCCGAUCCCGGCGCCUCCUGCUUGCACGGAGGGCGGCUGAUGAGCUACAACAACAACAUGGGCAGCCAGCAAGCGUUUGCAGAGGGAUACGACCAUAUGGCCGAGAACCAAGGAGGCGAAGGCUUUGGACAGCAGAGGUCAGGUAACAUGCCCGAUUUCCAGCACCACAACUCCAGCGCCUCUAACCACGCCGUGCCAGCGCCCUGCCUCCCACUGGAUCAGUCUCCCAACCGGGCUGCCUCCUUCCAUGGGCUUCCAGCCUCCAGCUCCUCGGAUUCCCACAGCCUGGAGCAGAGGAGACUUUCCAACCAGGGAGGCGUCGAUUCUUUGGAAUACAAUUACCCCAGCGAUGGCCCUUCAGGACACUUUGAUUUGCCAGUGUUUUCUCCUUCCGAGUCUGACGGGCAGCUUCCUCACUAUGGUGCUGGCCGACAAGUUCCUGGGGGUGGCAGUUUCCCUGGCACGUCUGUUUUGCCCAGAGCACCGGGCAUGGUGGGGAUGUCCAAAGUUCACCCACAGCAGCAACACGGUGUAUUCUUUGAAAGGUUUGGAGGUGCUCGUAAGAUGUCCGUGGGCAUGGAGCCUGGUGUUAACGCCAGACAUCCUCUAAUGCAACAGCAGCAACAGACAGGUUUGCUGGCCAGACAAAACUCCUGUCCGCCAGCAAUUCCUAGGCAACAGCAAACCGAAGCCAAUACUCCCAACCCCAACUUGCAGGACAAUGGGCCAAUAAUGCAGAACCAGCACGCACAGUUUGAAUACCCUAUUCAUAGACUGGAGAACAGGAAUAUGCAUCCAUAUACUGAUCCCGUCUUUAAUAUGCAGCACCCUGCUCCGCAACAGCCACCCAAUCAAAGACUGCAACAUUUUGAUGCCCCCUACAUGAGCGUGGCCAAGAGGCCGAGGUUCGACUUCCCCACUAGCCCCGCCGUGGAUAGGUGCGCCUCCUGGAAUAGCAAUCUGCACCAGGCGGGGAUGGAAAACCACCUAUCGCCUUCCGCCUACCCCGGCCUUCCGGGCGAGUUCACGCCGCCGCUCCCGGAGAGCUUUGCCCCGGGCCCGCCGCUCCAGCACCCGGGCCCCGACCCCCAGGCCCUGCAGCAGCGCCAGAACGCCGCCCUCAUGAUCAAACAAAUGGCCUCCCGCAACCAGCAGCAGAGACUCCGGCCGCCCAGCCUGCAGCAGCUGGGGCACCACGGGGACCACCUGGGCCCGAGCGGCCUGGGGCACGCGGGCCCCGCCGGGACCCUGCCGCAGCCCGGCUUCGAGCGCGAGAGCGGCGGCCGCGGGCCCGGCUUCGAGCCGCAGGCCGCGCACCUGGCCCCGGACGGCGGCUGGUUCCCCGGGCCGCCCCCGCCGGGGGAGCUGCUGCCGCCGCCGCCGCCGCCGCCGCCACCAGCGCGGCGCCUGGGCGGGCCCGCCGAGCCCGGCCCGCACGAGCUCGGCCUGCCGCAGGGCGGCUCCGGCCUGAUCUUCCGGCCGGCCGCGGGCGCGCUGGGGCUGGCGGGCGAAGGGCACGGGCCGGCCCUGCACUCCCCGGGCGGCCGCGCCCCGUUCGGCGCCGGCUUGGCCCCGCUGCAGUCCCCCGGCGGGGGCGGCGGCGGCGGCGGCGUGGGGCUGCCCAGCGCGCCCGCCGAGCGCCGCCCGCCGGCCGACUUCGCCGCGCCCCCGCUGGGCGGCCCGGGGGCCUUCGCCUUCGGCGCCUCGGCCCGGCCGGCCCCGCCGCACAGCGCCGCCGCCUCGCCCGGCGCCUUCCCGCCGCCGCCGCCGCCGCCGCCGCGCCCCGCCGCCGCCAGCAAGCUGGGCGCGCUGUCGCUGGGCUCCUUCGCCAAGCCGGCCAGGGAGGCCGCGUUCGGGCAGAGCUGCCUGGCCGCGCUCUCCACCGCCUGCCAGAACAUGAUCGCCAGCCUGGGCGCGCCCAACCUGCACGUCACCUUCGCCAAGCGCGGCCCGCCCGAGGCCAAGCGCAAGCUGGGCCCGCCCGAGCCCGACGGCGGCCCCGGCCCCGGCCCCGGCCCCGGCCCCGACUUCUUCCCCGGCGGGGCGGCCGCCGCCAAGGCCGCGCCCGAGGCCCGCCUGUCGCCCGGCUUCCCGCCCGAGGCCGCGCCGGGCGGCGAGGGCAAGGCGGCGGCGGCGGCGGCGGCGUCGGGGGCGGGCGGGCGCGGGCGGGGCCGCCGGAAGCGGGACAGCGGCCACGUCAGCCCGGGCGGCUUCUUCGACAAGUUCCCGCCGGCCGAGGGCGGCGGCGCGGCCAGCCCGGGCCCCGGCGGCGGCGGCGGCGGCGGCGGCGCCCCCCCCCGCCACGACAAGCCGCUGACCUCGCCCUCCUGGGCCAAGGGCGGCGAGCGGCUGCUGGCGGAGCCGCCCGACCUCCUGGCCUCGCUGGACAGCGGCCUCCAGGGCGCCGGCAAGUCGGACGGCGGCUCCCCGCGCGGGGACUUCCCCGAGCAGCCCAGCCCCGCCUACGGCCCCGAGGACGAGGUGUCCUCCAGCCCCGACGGCGGCCUGGCCAAGCCCGCGCGCAGCCCGCUGCUCGGCGGGCAGAAGCCGCUGGCCCUGGGCCUGCUCGGCGCCCCGGCCCCCGCCGCGGUCCCCGCCCCGGCCCCGGACAGCUACGGGCUGGGCGGCGGCGGCGGCGCCCACCCGGGCACCCCGGGCCUGGAGCAGGUGCGCACCCCCAGCAGCGCGUCGGCGCAGGACGAGAUCCACCCGCUGGAGAUCCUGCAGGCGCAGAUCCAGCUGCAGCGGCAGCAGUUCAGCAUCUCCGAAGACCAGCCCCUGGGCAUGAAGAGCAAAAAGGCCGAGUGCCCCGGCCAGAACGGGGACGGCGAGUUGAACAGCUGUUGCUCGGACAACGUCAAAGGUGCCAUGAGCACCAUAGACCUGGACUCUCUGAUGGCGGAGCAUAACUCUACCUGGUACAUGCCCAGCGAGAAGUCCUUGAUGGAGGGGCCGGAGGAGGACAAGCCCAUGGCACCGUGGGAGAAGUCAAAGCCUCAGAACCCCAGCAAAGAAGCCCACGACCUUCCCCAGAACAAGACCUCAGCUGCGGCGCAGACUGGUAGCCAUUUGCAAUGCCUCUCAGUCCACUGCACGGAUGACAUGGGCGAGUCGAAGGGCCGGACUGCGGUGCCGACAUGGAGAUCCCUGCACUCAGACAUCUCCAACAGAUUUGGGACUUUUGUGGCUGCCCUGACUUGAACAAAAGGACAUUAUUUUUUUUUCUCUUUUUAAUUUUAAAGGGCCGCUACUGCUGGACUAUUUUUCUAGGUUGGUACCUGCUUAGUGGCAUAUGGACUGGAAAGGGUUAAUUUAAAGUAAACCUCAAUUUUUUAAAUCUUCUGCCACAGUAUGUUACCAGUGUUAACCCUUCUGCAGUUAGCACACUUUUGCUUAAGAUUUUCCUGCUAGAUCAUUUUCCCCUUUAUUCUGUAAUCUUGGCAUACAUUUAUAGAUGAGGCCUUUUCCUUUUUCAUCUCAACGUAUGUCCAAGUAGUGUGUGUCAUAAUGAGGCAAAAAUACUUCUCCUUUUUCUUUUUUCUUCUUUUUUUUUUUUUCCCCCUUGCUUUGUUCAGUGCUUAUUAAAAUGGAAAUCCUGAAGAAUAGCAGUUCAGGAAUAAAUGCCAAUUGAAGUGAAAUUGUCAUCAUAAUAUUAUAUAUUGACACCAAGCUUUCGUCAGUCACAUAUAAACCAAACAAUUAAUGCUCUAUUAAGUAUUCAGCCUGUGAUUUUUGUCUUUCCUGAGAUAAUUUAUUUUUUUGUUACCAAGAAUACAUUCAGCCUUCAUCUCUUGCUGUUAAGUGGAAACAACUAUUCAGUUUAUUUGCUGAUUUGAAGCCCAGAUAUAGAGUUAUAUGCUGAACAGUAGAGCUUGUAGCAGUGAAGCCUCGUUGACCAAACAUGUUUUUUAAAAAAAAAUUGAAAUUGCCAAUUAAAGCAUUUUAAUCCCUUCUCCACCAAGGACCAAGGUUUGAGUGGAAUUCCUCACACCCUUUUUCUCUUACUGGGGAGUACAGAUCACCUCCAGGUCACAGAGUGUAUCUAAAGUCCCCACAUCUUCAAUAUUUGCUCCCAGAAGAAGGGAAGUUUAAGUACCACAUUAUCUCUGUAACUGUUGAAGUAGGGGCUUCUUUUAAGGAAAAUCACAUACCAAACCCCCUUUGUACUGUGCUUUUCCUGUGGAACAACUUCCUGGUUACAUGAAUAUAAGAAAACUCUGAUUCCUUGACAUGAGGAACUCCCCUGUGCUAGACUGAAUUUAAAUCAACCAUUCAGCUAUUACUUAGGCCAUGUCUACACUAUCACUUGUGUCGUUUAGAGGUGUGGAAAAAAAACGCACCCAUGGAUGACAUAAGUUUUGCCAGCAUAAGUGACAGUGUGCACAGCGCUAUGUUGGUGGGAGAGCUUCCCCUGCCGACAUCGUUACCGCUGCUCGUUGGGGGUGGUUUGGUUCUGUUGACGGGAGAGCUCUAGCGUCAGCAUAGAGUAGCUAUGUGGGAGAUCUUACAGUGGCAUAGAUAAGGGUUGCUACCUUUCUAAUUGCUGGUAACUGGACCCUUCUCUGCCUCUUCCCUGCCCAAGAUACCUUUCCCCAUUGCUCGCUGGAUCAUCUCCACCUCCCACCCCACCCACCAGCUAGGCUCCCUCUGCUCUGGGGCUGGGACGGGAGCUGCUGCAGCCUGACAAGGAACCUGCCUGCAGGUAAGAGGCGGUCCUGGCUGAGCAGGGGCUGGCGUGGGUUAAUGACUUGGCGCCUCCCCACGCUAACUGGACUUUUGGUGUCUGGUCAAUACAUCUGACUGAAAGCUGCCAGGUCCCUUUUUCAACCAGACUUUCUGGGUGAAAGCCAGGCACCUUACAAACAGACACAGAAGCCAAUAACUGGAUUGCCUGGGUACAACCCGGUUGGGUGGCAACCCUAGUGCAGUUGCAUCAGUACAGCUGUUCCACUGUAAGCUCUCUAGUGUAGAUACAGCUUUAAAUUACCAAAGUUGUCACAAGUCGGCACUGAAGCAAAGGCGUCAUAUUUUGGCUAAAGAAAAAGGUCCCUCAGAUUGCUGGUAAAGUUUUUAGUAUAGCUGCUUGUGCCCUUUUUCCACAGCAGGGCUUUGGUGCCAUUACUCAAAGUGCCACCUUUUAAUGUAUGUCACUGAGACAGUUGAAUGUGUGAGAUCAGGCAUUUUCAGGAGUGGAACCAAGCAUGAAGCUGGGAAAUUUGGUACAUAUCAGUACAUACCGGUGGGUAUCCUUUUCAUUCUAGCCAGUUCCCACAUUUGUGCACCUGUAUGUCAGAGAUUAGCGUUCUCUAAACUGCCAGGCUACUCUUGCAGCCUAAAGUGGAUCCCAUAAUUCCUGCUGGUAAAGACAGUUUCUAUUCGCAUUUGUGUUGUGUUUGAAGGACAGUAUUAUUAGAUACAUACAAUAAAAGGAAACCAUUCUUUCCUGCCCUUCACAGAUAAUACUCAUCAGGGCAGAAAGCUGGAAACAAAUGAGCUAAAACUGAAAAGAUGAUCGCACACUGGUGUGGUUUUAUGUAACGCUGUCUAGAAUUUGUGUAGCCUCUGCUUACAGUAAGACUAAACGGUCCCACCCUUGUUCAAUCCAGUGGCGCUGGAACAAUUUUUAAAGUGGGGGUGCUGAAGGUGAAAACCAUAUAUUUGGGGUGUUACUAUUUCAAGACGGUGUGGCAGCACCCCUACUUCCAGCACCCAUGACUCAGUCUCCUCUACUCCUUUGCGUUUACUAAGAGCAUUGGAGGAUUAGAUCAUAGCUGUGAAAUAAAGGACUGGAACACCGUGAUUAUUUAUCACUUGUUUCAUGGAUUCACAGUGUGCCCUUUUUUGAGAGUUGGUCUUUAGAGGACUGUCUUGAACUUACCUUGGAUGAUCGCAUUGGGCCAUUGGUUUUUAAGCAGAGUUCUGUAUUGACACCACUGGGGAGGAAAUUGUGCUUAAAAACUCAUGGUACAUUGUGGUCCUGAAAUCCUUCAAUCAUGCUGUUUCAAAACUCACAACAUUUUAAAUUAAGUUACAGAUGGUAUUUAACUUGUCACAUUCUCCCUGCUCUCUUAUUUGGAACAAGCUCUCAUUGGCCUUAUGUGGAUUUAUUUUCCUGGUGUGUCACUGCUCACUGACUUGACUUGGGUUAAUUUUUUUUAAACUAGGAAAUUAUAAUAAGGGUCAUUGAGUUUUAGUUGGUCUUUGUUUCAAAAUUUAAAAAACAUCCCUGAUUUUGAGAUGCUUUUAAUCUUUUUUUUAAAAAAAAGAUUGUAUUGAUGCUGGAAUGGUGACUGGAAUAUGGAGUUAGCUUGUAUUCCUGGCUCUAGAAUAAAAAGGCAUGACACUUGGCUGGAUCCAGAUGAAAGGCUCAAAUCUUCUGCCUUUCACCUACUCUAAAUAACAUCGUCGGAGGUAAUAUAUGUCCUGAUGUAACAAUCGUUACGCAGACUCACUUUGGAGAACAUGCCCCAACCCAAGAAAGCACAGUUUAAGUCCCAGUUCAGCAGAGUACUUACAUAUGUGCUUAAUUUUAAAUGUAAGUAAUUCCAUCUCUAGUCAUCAAAGCACUUAAGCAUGUGCUUUCCUUGAGGCAUGUGUUUCUCUCGUUAGCUUUAAUGCAAUUUAAACCAAGUUUUAAAAAAAAUUAGUAGGAGAGGGGAAGAAACUUGGUUCAGUCUCUGGAACUGCCCGUUUAUUUAUCAAAACUGUUUGGACAUGCUACAGAUCUGUUUAACCUUUUUGGUAGCUUUUUUCCAUCCACCAUGUCUCCCUGACUUGUAAAUGGCUUAUUCUCACCUUAACUGAGGGACAGAAUGCCAGCUGCCUAACAGUAAUUAAUGAGGUGAUACCAGUACAUUGCAAUGGGAUUUCAGGGUGUCUAUUUGCAAAAUUCUGAUGGAAUAAGUAUGCAAUUACUGACCAGGUUAAUGUUUAUUACUAAGCUUUUAUUACCUGUGAUAAGUUUUCUGUCCAGCUUCUCCAUUGAUUUGAUAAGUGCACUGAUUUUUUUUUAACAUAUACUAAAUAUCAGCAAAGCACUAGAUUAUCAAAAAGAUUUAGUUUCUGGAAUAAUGAUACUUGUCUUCAUUUUAGGAAUGCUUUGAGAGCUACAGAUGAAAAAUGCUGAGAGAGCUAAAGUAUGACUAGAUCUCCAUUUUGCAGGUCAGGAAAUGGAGCUGGGGAAGGGGGGAGUGAUUUGAGAUGAGUCCCAGAGCUGGGACUAUAACACUGUUCUCCUGACUACUAGUUCAGUGGCAUAACCAUUGGCCUAUCUGCUUCUUCAGUAUAAUUUUAAAACUGCUGCCUUUGAGGACAGUCUAGUCCAAUAAGGAAUGAAAUUCAAUGAAUUGCAAGUGCUGCAAAAAUGACUGCAUAAAGCCAAAAAAAAAAAAAGUUUAAAGUGCAUCUGCAUAUUUUAAGACUUCAUGGGGGUGAAAACAUGGCACUAAAAAGCCAGUAGUUUUAUGGUAAAUAUGCAUUUAACAUGUGUACAAGCUUCAUUUUGUAUUGCAAACAGCAGCUUAAAAUAAUAUGGCUUCAUACUUGUACUGCGGAGUCCACUUUGACCUGCCUGGCAUUUUCAGUUGCUGUACACAGGCGUGUAGUCUAGGCAGCAGUCUAAGCAGCAUUUUAGAAAUUAAAUCUUUUAGUUCUUACCCCUCAAGGGUAAAUUUCUCCCUGCACAGUGUUUGCUGAUUUUUUUUGGUGUGUGUUAAAAGAAAUUUCAUACUUACACUUUGAGUUUCAGCAUAGUAGCAUAUUGAGCAAAAUAUCUUUUGCUUGUUUGUUUAAGUUAUGGGGAGUGAUAAGUCAUCUUUGUCCAAAAAAAAAAAAAAAGAAAAAAAAAUAGGCCUUAUUUAUUAAAUGCUCUUUGGGAGUUUUCCCCAGAUCAUGUUCUCAUAGGGUUAAUAUUUCUCUGUUACUAUAGUUCAGUUGUUAGCUCAUCAGUGACAUGAGUUUAGAUUCAUUUUCAUUUAAUUAAGGUGAAUUUCAGCAAAUGUGUAAUGAUUUCAGGAUUAAUGUGGUAUGGUGGGUGGAAAAGAAAUAAAAAUGAAAAUUUCGUCAUCUAUUUCAUUUAGCGAACUCCUUCUAAUACUGCAUUUAGAGGUGGCCGUUCUAAGGGUAGUUAACCUUUCCAACCAGGAAAUCAGUUCGAAGGCUUUCUGGCACAACACUAAGGCUAAAUGUUCAUUAACUCCUUAAUGAAGAGCUGUGUAAUAUGACCACAAAUCUAUCUGCUGUAGAGCAAGUCAUGUUUGCUCUAAUACUAAGAAGAAAUAGAAUUGGUAAAUUAGAUUUUUGUUUUUUUUUGUUUUUAAAAGCUGCAGUGUAUCCUUUUCUUGAAUUCUAGGUUCACAGCUGUUCAGUGGAUGCGGUAUAAGAGCUUAAUCCAUUGUUAUAGAAUUGUUUCUCCUUUAUUGCUUAAGGCUAAUGGAGGAAAUAGUCUAAUUUUGUUUUAGAAUUUUUCUAUUAAAAUUGUUGGUUUGAGUCCAUCCGUUCAUAGAUUUUGACUGAUGAAACUGCAGGCUGUGAAUUCCGGCAGUUAUAACUUUAUCACUAUUCACUACCCAAGAAUAUUACAGCUUUAAAACAGCCUUAAGCAAAAGGAUGUUAUUUCUUUGUACUAAAUUUGGUUCAUGGUUAAGAAAAAAAAAAUAACACUGGUAAUCCGUACUGCAUAGCAAACUCUUCUGAAAAAUGUUAUUGCACAUGUAAAAUAUGAAAACUUGACUCUGCUGUGUGUUAGGCAAUCCUGUAAUCUUUUUUUUCUCUCUUGUUAAAUUCAUUUCUUAAAUGCUUGGUUGGAAGACUGUGACAAUAGCUCAUGAAAUUGAGUGUUAUUUUUCUUUUUUUAAAUAUGUAAAGUGCAGUCUUCUGUAUUCAUGCAUAUUGUAUAUAUCUGUAUAUGUUUUACUGAGCAACUAAAUAACAAUAAAUAUGAUGUUAAUGGUG